AUGGCCAACGGAAAGAACUCGAGCAAGCUCAUGCUUGGCUCCGCCCUACUUGCGAACGUCUACGCUUGGUACAUCGCCUUGAAAGGCAGAAAGAAGCGCCGCCGUGUCGUUUCCGUCCAUCAUGGCCACGAUCAUCACCACCGUGGCCGCUCUCGUUCUUACAGCACUCCCGACGCCUUCUCUGACUACGGUCAAUACCCUCCGAGUUCUCGACCGGUGUCCUUCGACUCCACAGAAUGGCCCCGUGAAUGGGCUGACCGUCGCGUGGAGCGUAUUCCAUCAACAGUGCGUCGCACUCGAACCAUCGACGACGGCUAUCUGGGCAGCUCUCGUUUCCGAUCCCCGAGCCCUGUCCUUGACCACCAUCGUGAUGCCUACUCUCCAACCAACUCGGCGAUCUCCCUCGAGGAGCACAACGGUAGACGUGCGGCACGAGAUCAAGAGCAGGACCGCAUUCGUCAGAUGUAUAACGGAGAGCGCGACCGGGCCCUGGAUCGAGCCGCUCGUGGAUGGCAGCGUGACGGUAGGAAGGAGCGAUAUUCUUCUGGUCCUGCGCCAUCCUCCGACCGCCGCCGUCACCAUGACCGUCGUGGGUCUAGCUCGAGACAUGCAUUCGUCGAGCCAUCGAGUGAUACCAGAAUGAUGCGUUACGAAGAGCCACCCAGCUACUCUGAUGCUUGGAACGAGAAGUACGACGAGCGGCAUCUCGGUGAUCACGGCAAGCGGCGCUCCUGA